AUGAUUGUAAAAGGAGACGGAACUGAACUCGCCAAGGAUGCCACGGUGGGUCUGGUGAAUUACCCCGUGGCCUCCAUUUUCAGUCAGUUGGAUGUCACACUGGGAGACCACCUCGUAAGCCAAAGCAACAACUGUUACCCUUACAGGGCCUUUAUAGAAUCAGUGCUCAGUUACAGCAACGACACCCUCGCCACACAAUUUUCCGCUGGCCUGUUUUACAAAGACACUGCUGGACCACACAAAGAAAUGGAGUUGGAUGGAAGGAAUCUAGGGUUUGUGAGGCGUGCAAAGCUGAUGGCCCAGAGCAGAAUAGUAGAACUGCUGGGUCAUUUACAUAGCGACCUGUUUUUUCAAGAAAAACUUUUGUUGAACGGAGUGGAUGUGAAAAUUAAACUGACGUGCAGUAAAGAUGCUUUCUGUUUAAUGGGCAGUGCGACUGAAUGGUUUAAAGUGUACAUUGUAUCAGCGUCCCUUUUUGUGAAGAAAGUACAGGUGGCCCUGAGUAUCCAUCUUGGGCAUACAGAGGCCCUGCUUACCGCUAAUGCUAAAUACCCUGUGGACCAUGUGGGAAUGAAAAUGUUUAGCAUCCCUGCGGGCAGCAGGAUGAGUAAGCAGAAGAACCUGUUCUUGGGACAGUUACCCAACAUGCUUGUCCUAGGGUUUGUGGAUAAUGAUGCCUUUAGUGGAAGUUAUGCUAAAAAUCUCUUUCAUUUUAAACAUUAUGAUACUAAUUUUGUGGCUUUGUAUGUGGCUGGUGAACAGAUACCAACCAAGCCUCUGGAACCAGACUUCGAGGCAGGAUGCUACGUAAGAGAAUACAUGAAUCUGAUACAGAUGGCUGGUAAACACAUGAAAGAUCGUUCUCUGUUAAUCGACCGUGAGGAGUUUGCACAGGGUUACACCUUGUUUGCCUUUGACCUGUCUCCUGACCAGGAAUGCGCCAAUCACUAG